AUGGCCAAGAUGCACCAUUUUUUCCCAACCAGCACAUUCUUCAACUUCGAAACUGUUCGCAUCCUUGGCACUACCAGUUAUGGUGGCGCCGACGUGGCCGAGGUGCUAGAAGCUGUCGCUACAAUCAAUGCCAACGACGCGUCGUCGUGGCAGAAAGCGUGGGCGACGCAAGCAGCCCGUGCCGAAGCUUUGGCCAAGCAGGCCUCUCUAAAUGGGAAUAGAGACGCGGCGAGAGGAGCUUACCUUCGGGCUGCCAACUAUACGCGCGCCAGCGGCUACAUGUACCUCCCCUCGCCGCCUCACGAUGACUACGGACCCAUGAUCGCGCAUCCGUCCGCGCUCUCAGUCUCCGAGAGGGUCACUGAGCUUUUCUGCAAAGCCAUUCCGCUGAUGGAUAACCCCGUCCUAAAGGUCUCAAUACCUUAUGAGGAUUAUCAAAUGCCAGGUCUUCUGUACCUGCCACCAGAGAGCCACCGAAUCCCUAAUCGGAAGAUUCCUAUUCUCUUGAGUUUUGGAGGCGCCGACGGGUGCCAGGAGGAGCUGUUUUUUAUGUACCCUGCUGCCGGACCGCGGCUUGGCUACGCCGUCUUGACAUUCGAAGGGCCAGGCCAGGGUAUAAUGCUUCGCAGACACGGUCUGACAAUGAGACCGGACUGGGAAGUCGUUUCCGGGUGCGUUAUUGACUUCCUUGCGGAGUUCAGCGCCAAGAAUCCCCAUCUCGAUCUAGACAUGGACAGUAUCUGCGUUGCAGGUGCGUCCAUGGGCGGGUACUUUGCUUUGCGUGCGGCUGCCGACCAAAGAGUCAAAGCCUGUGUUUCCAUUGAUCCCUUUUACGAUAUGUGGGACUUUGGCACCGCCCACGUUUCUCGUCUCUUCCUUUCUGCCUGGAUGAAGGGAUGGAUAGGCCAGGGCUUCAUAGAUCAGGUGAUGAAGGCCAUGCAGGCGGUCUCUUUCCAGCUCAAGUGGGAGAUCUCACUUGCGGGAUGGUUCUUCGGACUAUCGUCACCUUCUGACAUGCUGCUCCACAUGAAGAGGUUCUCUCUGGCCGGCGCGCGGCAGAAGGACGGUAACGAGUAUCUCGCGCGCGUGGUCUGUCCCGUCAUGGUGUCGGGCAGUUGCAGUUCCAUCUACGUGGACGUGGAUGAGCACACGAGACGCUGUUAUGACAACCUGAUCAACAUCCCUCUCGAGCACAAGGAGAUGUGGGUGCCGGGAAGCGUCGGCCAGGGUAGCUUACAGGCCAAGAUGGGAGCUUUACCGUUGUGCUGCCAGCGGACUUAUCAGUUCCUCGAUCAGUCCUUGGGUAUUGAAAGGGAACAUCUCGUCUUUUGA